UGUAAAAGUGAAAGUAGAAAAAGUGUGAGUCAUAAAGAGAGGAAUAAACAGACAGGACGACCUCUGGUAGAACCAAAUGAGCUUUACUCUUGACGACAUGGAGGUGUCAAACACAAAGAGAAUUGUCAUCUUGGGGAAAACUGGAGCUGGGAAAAGCAGCCUGGCCAACACUAUAUUUGGAGAGGAGCUGUUCACGAUCAACCAUUCUCUCAACUCUGAAACGAGAGAAUGUCAAGCACAAACUAAAUGUGUCAAUGGAAGAAACAUCACUUUGAUCGACACUCCAGGUUUCUUUGACACAGACAGACCAGAGGAGGAGCUGAAAGCUGAGAUAGUGAAGUGUAUCACAGAGUGCGCUCCCGGGCCUCAUGCUUUUCUCAUCGUAUUUAAACUGGAGAAAUUCACACAGCAGGAGAAGGACGUCAUCGAGAAAAUACGCCAAUACUUCUCUGAAGAAGCUUUUGAGUAUGCAACAGUCGUCUUCACUCACGGUGACCAGCUCCACCAAGGACAGACAAUCAAAGAGUCUGUUGACCAGAAUAAAUUUAUGAGUGAUCUGGUGAAGAAGUGCGGUGGCCGAUGCCACGUCAUUGAUAAUAAAUAUUGGAAUGAAAGCCCAAAGGAUGAAUACAGGAACAACCAGUUCCAGGUGGAGGAGCUACUUAAAACAAUAGAUAAGCCAGUGCUGUCAAACAAAAGAAGUUGCUACACCAAUGAAAUGCUCCAAAGAGUGCAGGAAGAAAUAACUGUAGAGGAGAGGUGCAUUAGAACGUCAUCAGGGAACAUGUCAGAGGAAGAGAUCACACAGCAGGCUAGAGUCAAUGUAUUUGAGAAGCUUUUGAUUAAAGCUGCAGGUAUUGCAACAGGUGCAUUGUUAGGAGCUUUGUGUGGUGUAGGAGUUAUAGUUAGAGUGGUUUAUUUAAUUCUAAAGGUAUCUUCAGACUUACAACUUGCACGAGAUGCACUGAAAACAGUUGGAGUGGCAGCAGCACGAGCAGCAGGAAUACGAGUAGGAACAUCAACAGGAGCAGAAAAUACAACAACAGGAACAUCAACAGGAGGAGAAGAAAAUACAACAACAGGAACAUCAACAGGAGCAGAAGAAAAUACAACAACAGGAACAUCAACAGGAGGAGAAGAAAAUACAACAACAGGUGGAACAGUUGGAGCAGCGAGGAUAACUGUAACAUUAUUAGGCAAAGUUACAGUGGUUGCUGCUGCAGGAGGAGCGGUGAUAGGUGGCUGUAAAGGAUACAAUGCAGCUGAGGGAGCAGACACAGCAUGGGAAGCAGCAAAGAGGGCAGCAGGGGCUGUCAAAGAAGAAACCAUAUCUGUCUUUGAUAACAUCAAUGGUGCUGUGAACAGACUGUCACGCACUAACAUGACCUCUGGGUCAAACACAAACACAAAGAGAAUUGUCAUCUUGGGGAAAACUGGAGCUGGGAAGAGCAGCCUGGCCAACACUAUAUUUGGAGAGAAUGCGUUCAUGAUCAACCACACUUCCAACUCUGGAACAAGAGAAUGUCAAGCACAAACCCAAAUGGUCAAUGGAAGAAACAUCACUUUGAUCGACACUCCAGGUUUCUUUGACACAGACAGACCAGAGGAGGAGCUGAAAGCUGAGAUAGUGAAGUGUAUCAUAGAGUGCGCUCCCGGGCCUCAUGCUUUUCUCAUUGUACUUAAAGUGGAGAAAUUCACUGAGCAUGAGAAAGCUGUCGUCAAGAAAAUACGGAAAUACUUCUCUGAAGAAGCUCUAAAAUAUACAACAGUCCUCUUUACACACGGUGACCAGCUCGCUGAAGGAACGACAAUCAAGGAUUUUAUCCAGGAGAAUAAGUCCCUGAGGGAUCUUGUGAAGAAGUGCGGUGGCCGAUGCCAUGUCAUUGAUAAUAAAUACUGGAACAAAAGCCCAAAGGGUGAAUACAGGAACAACCAGUUCCAGGUGGAGGAGCUACUUAAAACAAUAGAUAAAUCAGUGCGGGCAAACAGAGGAAGCUGCUUCACCAAUGAGAUGUUACAAGGAGUGCAGGAAGAAAUAAACCAAGAGGAGCAGCGCAUCAGAAAGUCAUCAUCCAAUAUGUCAGAAGAAGAGAUCACACAGCAGGCUAAAGUCAGUGCAUUUAAGAAAAUUUUGAUCAAAGUGACUGGUGUUACAACAGGUGCAUUGGUAGGAGCUUUUUGUGGUGCAGCACUGAUGGUUGGAGCAGUUUGUACAGUAUUAAAUUCAACAGUGAUACCAAAAGCAGUAAAAGCAAUAACAUCAUCAGUGGGAGCCUUAGGAGGGCAAGCAGCAGCAGGAACAGCAGCAGCAGGAACAGCAGCAGGAACAGCAGCAGGAACAGCAGCAGCAGGAACAGCAGCAGCAGGUGCAGCAACAGGUGCAGGUACAGCAGGUACAACAACAGGUGCAGCAGCAGGAAAAUUGUUAGGCGGCGUUACCGUGGGAGUCGUUGCAGUAGGAGCAGUGAUAGGUGGCUAUAAAGGAUACCAUGCAGCUGAAGGAGCAAAUACACCAGGGGAAGCAGCACAUAGGGCAGCAGAGGCUGUCAUAGAUGAUGCCAUGUUGGUCUUUAAUAAAGUACGUGAUGCUGUGUAUGGACUGUCAAAGCCACAGUGAAAACAAAAUCACAAGCUACAGUGAACUGUGAUUCUUGAGGAAUGGGGAGUGAAUUUAUUAUUAAAAAGUUAUAUCUCACAGUAGACUGGAAAACUUGCUGUAAUUAUCUGAAGUCAUUGGAAUGAUCAUGUUUAUUCAUAAAUAUGUAUGUGUAAAAAAACAAGAAUUAAAAUAUAGAAUAUAUUGCUUCAGCUCACAGUGUACAAGCUUUAUGCUUUUGUCUGUUUCAAGAAUUGGCUACAGGUUGUCCUGGAGUUUGAUGUGCUGUCUGAACCCAAAAACAUCUCUUUUUAACGUCAUUCCUUUCUGAAGAACUAUUUUAAUGAAAGUGGUGUUGGUUGCAUUUCUGUCUAUUUAAAAUAUUAGUUAAUUGUUGUAAAAGUUAGUCAAACAACACUUGUGUUGUUAUAUCAUGGUUGUGCUAUCCACUGGAUAUAGUGCAAAUUGUAAUCUAUCUAGACAUAUUUUACUGUUUUAGCAUUAUUUCAUUACAUUUGAUGAUGAUUUCUUGUGGAUUAUUAAGAAAUGAAUAAACUUGUAUAGAACAUGG